AUGUUCUCUUUUAGAACCAUUGUCGCUGGUGCGACUAUCGCCUUGGCUGGCAUGGCCCAGGCCACCCACAUCGACUACCCACCUUGUCUUGACCCUUUUCAGCCCUAUGUUUCAUCUGGAUGUUACAUGGAUGGCGUUGAGGGUCAUAUGGGUGGUGCACUCAUCUACCGCUCCGGUCAAAACCAGUACAACAUGACUGUCGAGAAGUGUGUUGCCGAGUGCAAGGGUAACGGCUUCCGGUACGCUGGUCUCAAGUACUAUGGUGUCUGUUACUGCGGUUCCACCGUUGGUGGCAUUCAGCUUCCUGAUAGCCAGUGCAACUAUCCUUGCACCGGUGAUAAGACCGAAACUUGCGGUAGUGACAAUGCCUUCUCCAUCUGGCAGGAUCCCACUUUCAAGCUCACCAACCUUGGAGGAGUUGUUACUCAACUCCAAGGAACUGUCCAGUCUAUCGCCGGUUAUAAGCCCAACGGUUGCUACACUGACAACUCCUCCAAGGGCCGCGCUCUGACAUGGCCCAUGGAUAUUGAUGGUUCUCAGAUGACCCCUACUAGUUGCUUGACUGCCUGCGCUGACCAGGGCUUCCCUUUUGCUGGUCUUGAAUAUGGUGGUGAAUGCUACUGCGGUAACGUCCUGGCCAACGACACGGUCAAGGCAGAUGUUGGUGACUGCAACGUUCCUUGCAACGGUGACAAGACCCUGCUCUGCGGUGGACCUAGUCGUUUGAGUGUCUACGUUGCUGAGGAUCUGCUUUCUCUUCAGCCAUGUGGCUGGAAGCCCAGCAACUCUGCCUCUGCCUCGGCUUCCGUUUCUCUCUGGUCAUCUACCUCUACCACUUCCGCUACUACCUCAAGUGUUGCUACUUCCAGUUCUUCAAGCACCAUUCCUGUCAUUAGCUCCGAAUCGAUUGUCACUAGCUCUUCCACAACAUUGAGCACUUUGACCAGCACUACUGCAAAUGGACAGUCUUCUACCACGGGUCAGCCUUCUGGUCCCUCUGGUCCCUCUGGUCCCUCUGGUCCCUCUGGUCCUUCUGGUCCUUCUUCCACUACCAACAAACCUCCGGGUCCCUCCAACCCUUCUUCCACCAACGGUAAUGGCCAGUCUACCACCAACAAGCCUUCCACUACAUCCUGCAGCACCACUACUGGUCCAGCUAUGUGUACUUCUACCGUUGUCGUACCCAACACCUGCGAGUACAAGUGUGGUAACUGGUGUGCGCCGUCUGUCCCUGACUUCCAGGAUCAAAACAGUUGCCAGACCGCCUACAACAACUGCGCCAAGAACAUUGCUGCUUGCUUCCAGAACGCUGGCUGGCCCGGCGCUCUGAACUGCUUCGAUUUCUCUAAGUGGUGUGAUGGUGUCCAGGGCUAUUGUGCUUCUUCUUGCUCCCGUGGUCGUAGCUGCAACAAGCUUGGCUGCAUUAAGAACAACGCUCCCACUGGCGGAAACAGUGCCUCGACCACUACCAGCGUCUAUCCCUGCGCCGUCACCAGCACUUCCACGACUUCUUCGGCUGCUGUCACCUCUUGUGCUCCUCAGCCCACCAACAUUUGCCAGCAGCCCAGCUCCAACAUCUGGGGCUAUGGUCCCGGCAACCCUGUCGGUGGCAUUGAGCUGCCUCUGGUUGCCUGUAACGACUUGAAGAGCGACUUUUCUCAGAACCCCUUCAAGCUUUACACCAAUACCAACUCCAAUUCUUGCUCUUCUUAUCGCCGCAACCAGCAGUCCAGCGCUUGUGCCGACGCCUGCAAGGCUCAGUACAACGCUUGUGUCGGUACCUAUGUCCAGAGCUGCAAGAAGCUUAACACUCGCAGUGAUAGCAGUAACUACUUCGACAAGCGAUCUCACUCCCACUUCCACAAGCGUGCACUCGAGAAGUCUGGUAUCGAGCCUCGCUUCUUCAACCUAUUCGGUAACGACCAGUGGCAGAGCGCUCAGAAUAAGUGCUCCAUCCAGUAUGCUGACUGUCUCUGGGAGAACGCCAAUGUCAAUUUCAGCAGCCGCUGCCAGAACUUCGGCUCUGGUUUGUAA